UACGCAGUUUUCCCUCUUUGACAGCUACUUGUUUGGCUUCGUACCUUUGUUUACGAUUCAAAUACUCUCCCAUUUACUCUAUUUUUAAUGCAAUUACGCGCAGAAAUAAUAUAAAAUUUAAUAUUUUAGAGCCCCUGUUAAGUUGAUACCAGAUUAUAAGCGCAGUGCAGUGGAAAACCAUUCUAGGAAAAUGUCAAAACAAACGCCAUCGAUGGUGAUACCUUGCCUUCGUAAAGGAUAUCAACAGACUCGUCCUUUCACGCACACAUUGCUCAUGCGAGUUUUGACAGCUCCUCGCAGUUGCACCAAACGCACCUAGAACGAAUCCGUACACACACCACGUUCGUGACCGCGCACAUACAUCAGGCAGACACACGCGAGCGAGCGAAAAAUACGUCCGAAAGAAUUCAGAACCAUCAUAUUUCGCUGCAAAGGUUUGACCGUGCUUUUGGCGUACAUCACAAUAACCGGAACGGAAAUUCUAGUAUUCUCAGCAAGCCCUUUUUCGUCCGACCAGACACAAGUCGGGAAAGCUAAGCUGUGGUUGCUGCGUUACGGUACGGGUGUCGUGCAGAAAGGGCUCUCUCUGCAAAGUGUAACUAUCGAGUGCCUAGUGUUUCUAGCUUCCUAUUACAUGGGAAGGUGUCAUGUGCGACGAUAAAACCCCCAAUGCUAUCAUCCCGAGCAUCCCGUAAAUGUAUUUUCGACAAGAUAACAUCAACCUCAACAUCCUUGCCAGGGAGCACACGUUCGGAAAUCAACAAUUUUCGUUGGAGUGGAUGUCGCUGUGGAUGAAACCAAAGUGCCCCCAAAUGUUUUAGGGUUCAGCACCGUAUCGUAUCGUAGAAAAGUGUUGUGCCCAUGCUGCACACUCUCCUGCAUACACACGGAGCGUGGUGUCGUCCUUGCAGAAUAUUACAAAAGUGUCAAUUAUCAUCGUUUCCCGGCCAACGAUCUCUUCCGUGUGCCAGAAAGAAAGCAACAAAAACCUCAGCGACCUUCUCGAAUGGUGGUGUGUGCGUGUGUUGAACCGUAGACAGCUCGCUUGCGUAUGCCCGUGGGCCCUAACCGGCUGAUUGCGCCGCGAGAAGCAGCAGAAACCCAAAACAUCCAUUCGGUCCAGCACAGCUACUAUUCCGGAUCCGGAGAACGGUUACUAUGUUCAAAAGCCGCAGCGAAGGCAAUGUUGUUUACAAGUGCACCGUUCGGCUGCUGGAAGAUCUCGAUGUCCUGGAGUGUGAAUUUCAGCCACACCAUAAGGGUAGUUUCCUCCUGGACUACGUCUGCGAGCAGCUGGAAAUCACCGAAAAGGAUUAUUUUGGGCUCCGAUUUGUCGACUCCGCAAAGCAAAGGCAUUGGCUGGAUCUGGCGAAAACUAUAAUCAAACAAGUCAAAGAUGUUGAUCCACUCGUGCUUUCGUUUCGUGUCAAAUUUUACCCGGCCGAUCCCCUACGGCUAACCAACAAUGGGAAACUGAUGCUCUACCAACAAUUAAAACGCGAUCUUCGGCAUGGUCGUUUGUACUGUUCAGCUGGUGAGGCGGCCGCCUUGGGAGCGCUUAUAGUACAAGAUGAGCUGGGAGAUUUCGAUGCGGAAGCACACACCGGUGAGUACGUGUCAUCGCUAAAAAUUGCCCUGCGACAAUCGGAGCAGCUUGAAAAGAAGGCCAUGGAACUACACCAGAAGCGCGAACCGGGACAGGAAGCGGUCGCGGUAUACGAUGAGUUUGUCGGUAUCGCGCGCAGCCUAGAAACGUACGGUAUCGAUCCACAUCCGGUGAAGGAUCAUCGUGGUACACAGCUUUACCUGGGAAUUAAUUUUUCCGGCAUCAGCACGUUUGCGGCUGGACGUAGAACGCAGCACUUCCGCUGGCCUGAAGUUCACAAGAUAAACUUUGAGGGCAAAAUGUUCAUCAUCCAUCUAGCGUACUCGGAAGACCGGAGGGAAGUGAAAAAGCAUACAGUAGGAUUUAAGUGUCCGUCGGGCGCGGCCUGCCGGUACGUGUGGCGAUGUUCCAUCGAGCAGAUGUUGUUCUUUACUCUUCCAACUAGCCAACACGCCUCCGUAGUUUCCGGAGGUGGAUUUUUCUCUUGGGGUACCAAAUUUCGUUACUCGGGGCGCACCGAAAGGGAACUGAUGUCGGAAGCACUCCAAGCCCUUCGCCAACAGAAGCUCAACAAUACCAGCCCCAGCAAAAGGAAAGCACAAAGUGUCCCAGCGACGCCCUCGAGUCCUCAGGGAGAUUUGGCAGAAAUCCGUAAGUCCCGAUAUAGUAGCCUUCCACGAUCGACCAUGUCGGAACCGCUGGGCGGUUGCGGCGAUCAUAUGGCAUCGUCCGUGUACUGCACCGACAAUCCACUGCCAAUGCUAGAGACUGUAUCGGAGGAAGCGCGCAAAACGAACGGUGAGAGUAAUGACCACCUGUCCGAUUACUACUUCCGCGAUUCGUUCGAUCAUUCAUCGUCCGAGUCUGGCUUUACGGCGGCCAACAGUGCAAACGCGAUCGGCGAACAUCACCAUCGGCACGGGGCAUCCUCAUCCGGUGGUCACCAUCCCCAUCUGCAUCAUCACCAUCGUCAGGCGUAUACGACGGACAACAUUCCAGCGCUUGCCAUCCAUAGUGUUACGAACCACGCGGCCAGCAUCAUCCAGCAGCAGAAUGCUAGCAAUAGUGCGAAGAAUGCGAAAAAGUUCUCCCUGGUGCAGGCAUUCGUACCGUCGUUUGUAUUCGUGGUAGUGGUACUGAUCGUAUCGGCGAUCUACAUCCUCGAAACCGAUUCCGAGCUGUUUGCAUCGAUGCGCAACUGGCCGGAGAUGAUCUGUUUGCGCUACCAGUACUAUCAGCCUUUGAAGGAGUUCCUGGCGAAAAAGUUUGGUGCCAUAUUUUGAUUCAUUCUGACCGGACGCACCGAAGCUUCCUGCACUGGCGAUGAUGGACGGACCGUAUGUGGGCAGAGUGAAGGAUUUUCUACGUAUUACCCGCCACAAGAAUACUUUCGCGAGCGGGAUACGAGCGGCGUCGGUAACGAAACACCCAUUACGCUCACACUCACUCUGCCGACCGCAAGGGCUAUGUAGAUCAGUCCUCUGAUUACCAAUCCACUGGUGGCCAAGCAGUAGCUUCUGUGUUGUACACUGAGGGAUUACAAUUGGAUAACAUCGAAAUCCUAAUCCCAACUUAGACAUAUUGGCUUGGACAGAAUUUUGUUGUUAACAUGUGUUAGAUUCGCUUUCGCGCUAAUUAUUGCAGUAUUUGUUAUAAAAUAAUGUCAAUCAUUUUUUAUGUUAUUAGCACCGCUUUGUAUUUCCACUGAAACACGUUAAAGUAUUCCUUACCGUCAAUGACAUAACGUGAAGUCAUUUUAAAUGUAUUGGGUACAAAAAGGAUCAUAUUUAAAGUUUUAUGGUCGGUACCAUAUAAAUAUUUGAGGAAAAUGUGGAAAAAAAUCCAUACAUAGUUCGUAUUAGACGACAUGUUCGCAUAUUCUAAAACAAUUCGCAACUUCUCAACAACGAACCAACCAAACUCCAAAUCCGUCUUAUCUGUAUUUUUGAAGCAGUGUUACAUUAGUGAAAGAUGAAUUUGAAGAUACUACGAUGUGGUUUAGUUUUAGUGUAAGAUAACAAAAAAUCCCAAAUCAAGCUAAUACGCAACAUUUGUUAUACCUCCGCUACAUAAAACAGUAUUGGUUUGAUUGUGUUAAAAGCGACACUUUUUUAAUGUAAAAUUGUUAGGUUUACGCUACAAACGCUUUGAAACAAUUUCAUAAUAUCGCAUUUUAUUAACACACAACUUAGCUUUAUAUAGUACGUUAGUAAAUUUUGUAACCAAACUGUUGUGUUCUGUCUGACGCUAAGCAUCCUUUAGUUUUUGUGAUGCGGAAAAACAAACUCUACUUCAUCGUACCUCUCUUUUCUGGGACCACCAUCAUAUACGGUCACAACACCAUUCGCGCCAACUUGUCGUUCUUCUGUGGCAAAUGUGGCAAGGCAAAAGAUUUAUUUCUCGAAACGAUAGGUUUAAUGAUAAGGAGAAGUAUGUGACCGAAUAAUGGUAAAAUUGGAAAUAAAUUUACUUAGCUUUUUGCACUAAAAGCUCCACUGAAUAUGACGAUGAUAGAUUCAGUAGCAAAUGAGCAGUGAAUGGAAGAAAAGUUCCCCCGGAAACAAAUCGCCAAAUACUGAAACACUAAAACCAAACAAAGCAAUUGAAGUAAAGACAGAUCCAAUUACCGCAUCUUAGCGUGUUUGGUGUGAAGUUAGGAAGAGAUUACAACAUGGUCGACGACCAAAAACAAAACUUACAGCACACAACGGGUGAAGGAUAUUGUUUCCUUGGAGAAAUUUACUGAGAGGGAAAGCGAUGUGUUACCUUCUUCCGCGGAUUACUUACAGUGUGUAUAGUGCGGGUGGGCGUAUAUGACAUGUACCUACGACGAUGAUGGUAAAUGAUCGAUUAAUUAGCUUGCGAUAUGCUUGAAAAUGGUUAAAUUAACAUCGAAGCGAACAGUUUUUGGCAGUCAACACAUGAUUACGGCUCGAAAAUUUGAAGUAAACAAGUAUUAGCUAAUUAGAAUCAUAGGAUAGCUCAGAAACAGCUUCAUCAUUCCAGAUUAGCGGAACGAUAUUGGAUAAAAACCAAGGCCAGUGAUAAGAUAAGCGAUUAAGAUUUAGCAAUCGUAUCUCUUUGUCUCUACUUGUCCGUAUUAACUUACGUUCGUAAUUAGCUUACGAACAGGGUGAACAGAAACGGGAACGAACACUAAGUAUUAAACGCUAGAAAUUAUGUCGAAGCAACACUAUCGUUCCAUCACGGUCCUGCGUGAAAUCUGUCCGCUUUUGCUUAUGGUCCUGCCGGUCAUCAUACGCUCUGUAUGCUUGCUUAAGAGGGCUCUAGAUAUAUUAUACGGUAGGCCAGAAGCUUCCAAGCAGCAGAUGGAGGAGGGCGGUGAGUGUUGUGUGGCCAACAGCUAAAACAAAGCAGUAUUUGUAGGAAAAAAUACAUGGGGAUACAAAAACAAAUGUAAAACAUUGUUUCGUAAUUGGAAAAUGUGAGCAUUACCAAGCAUAUAUGUACGGUGGAAAACUUUUGAGCAGAAUGCAUUUUAACACUCGCACCGACACACCAACACAAUACAAAAAAACAAACAAACAAAUUGCUUGCCUUAUUUGCUACCGCACAGAGAGAGAGAGAGAGCGAGAGAACGAAAGAGAAAGGGAUAAAUUGUCCCUUUAAUGACAGUGAAAAUAAAAGCAUGGUUUUAUGGUGCGAUUGAUUGUAGAAGUAAUAGUAAUGCUGCAUUUAAGCAAUUCAUUAACUUUAGCUAGGUAAUUUUGAGUAUUAGCGAAACACGUACACGUGCACCGCACAUAGGGCAGCUUGUGUGUGCGUAUGCGUGAAGGUGGACAACAUACAUGAAAGCGCAAUUUAUCAGCGAUACGUCCAUUACAUGUUCAUAUCCGGUUCCGAAGGAUGUUUGAAAUUUCCUACGACAUUGAACGGAAUACGAGCUCACAUUUUACAGCUUGGAACGGAAAUAUGCUUUAGUUAAAUCAUGCACGCAGAUAGUAUUUUAGUGGUUUUAUUUCGUUAAAUGUCGUUAUGAUCAAUCACGCUUUAAGUUUGUUUGAAAACAACAGCUCCAUUAUACUUUUUGUCACAAUUAAACCCGAUAAACACAAAUAGAAGAUGAAAUGGACAAACUACAACUAGCGACAAUCAUUAUUGUUUCGUUUUUCCUUUUGCUUGUUUUUUUUUUGUUUAAUACACUUAAGUUUGCUUUUGAAACACCUACAAGAUGCCACCGACUAGCUGGAAAUUUAUGCAAACAGUAGUAGCAGCAGCAGCAGCAGCAGUAGAACAUAUCAGAAUGGAGAAAAUAGACUUAGGUAAUAAUUAUGUCACUCCCAAAUCCAUUAAACAAAAGCUAAUACUACGAUCCGAGAAAAUGAUCGCCGAGUUCCUAAACUCUCCUCAUUGAAACUAUACCGAAUGGUAAAGCAGUAGUAACUGAUAACCGGAUGCCAAUGAUUAGCCUCCCGCAUUGAAAUAGAAAAUUUGCUUGAUUUUUAUUUUAUUUUCUGCUCUCUUUAGUGAGUUACACAGCAUUUAAAUUACUUGUAAUAUCGACCAAAUUUUCGAUGCUAAAAAAAUCAAAAAGCAACAUUUAAACGUUCAGUCAUACGAAUCGUUUCAUUUAUAAGCUCUCAAGAAGCAUUAACAGUUUAUUAUAAAAUCCAUCAGCCAUUAUUUGAACGAAAAGAGUAAAAAUGAACAUUCUGAAGUAUGCAAAGGUUUUAAACCAACACCUCCCGGUCAAGCCAAUGCGGUUGCAUCGAGUUGGAAAACAAUUUACUAAGCACUAUUUUCAGCUCGACCUAGCGUGUAUACAGUUUGUGAAAGCACUGCAACUUUCCAAGCUUUUCCCGUUCCCCAUAGCGUUAAGUAAUGGUUGGGUUCGCAAUAAAAGCGCAAACAUUUACCCAAAAUACCGAACUUUGCAGCCAAGUUUGAAGCAACUUUGGUGCUCGGAUGUAUUGACACACAAUACGGUACGUUAAACUUCCUGCGCACUGUAUCUCGGUUAAAGAAAUCGGCGCUACAAAAACAAAGAAAUAAUGGCAAAAGACAAGAACGGUAAACAAAACUUUAAAAAUUAAAUUUAAUAGGUUUUAAGACAACGCAAACAAAGGGAUGUUAAGAAGAUGGGAAAGGGAAGAAAAACCAAUUACAUGUAACCAAACUGGAUAGUAAUAAAAUGAGAUAAUCUUUCCUAAG